AGCACAUCUCGCAUUUCGUAAAGGUCAUAUUCCCUGCGGACAACUGCAUGGCUUUUUUCCAACGCUGAUGCCGCUCAUCGAGAUAUCUAACUCCAUACCCCACGUAGUCGAAAGUUGUUCCGCUUCCUGUGAGCACAUUACGUUCCGGUAGACAUUUUCCUGGCCGACGGUUUAGCGCUGCCAAGAAGUGCCGACUCAACAUUCUGAAAAUGGCGCGCGCCAACACAGUCUCCGUGAUAAACGGGCGAGUGGUGCAGCAGAUACAGGUGCAGACAGCACAACUGGCAUCAGUAACUGCCGUUUCAAAUGGGCGGCAAGUGACACACGCAGUCACCACGGUCGUGCGAGUGACUUUACUUAGGCGGAUCGUGGAUGUUGAGCGGCUGGAAGACCCACAAAGCCGCUGUGCUACGUGCUGUACGACCGUUCUCCUGCUGGUCGCACUGGUGCUACUGGGCGUCCCAAUAUAUAUGAUCCUUAUUGGAUUAAUUUACGUCAACACGUGUUACGGCUUUCAAACCGCUCCCUUUUAUCUGAUUCUCUUCGGCAUCAUCAACCUGCUGCUAUCUCUAAGUCCAAGCUGUUGCUGCCCAGUAUCGUGGCCCCGUUGCAAGAGGUAUUGCACCGCCGUCGUCGCUUUCGUACUUGCGCUGCUAAAUAUUGUAGGUGCCCUUAUGGUAUUUCUAAACAACAAUCCUAUGCGAGUGGACACAAAGGACAGCCAAAGCCCGCACUACUGCAACCCAGUACCGUACUAUUCAGCGCCUGUCUUCGCUGUCAUUUCGGUCAUCAUGACUAUCUUCUUUUGUUAUUGUGCCUGCUGUGGCAAGCAGGAAGAGAACACGUAAACUGCACUGUAAUAAAAAAAAGAAAUCCAAAUUCAAA